AUGACUGCGGUAGCAUCUCCUCCUAGUGUGGAAUCGGGGUCUCGCUUGGGAUGGUGCAACACUGGUAACGGAGGACAAGGCACUCUGUCUUCGGUAAACGACGAAGUAUCCCGCAUGUUAAUGCAACGGAAGCCUGUUCAGCGUUCAAACUCCUCAUCCUCGUUGGUGUCGACCUCCUCCACGAAUACUGUGACUACUUCGCAAGAUACCCAUGCUGGCCAAAGUUCAAACGGCGAAAAUACUUGGUCAUCAAAGAAGAAACCUACUCGAAGCCUCUGGCCUAGCUCUAAGUCAGAGCCUGUCGCGGGCGUUACCAACGCGCGAUCUCAGGCCGUCCCUGCAUUCUCGGCAGGGCCAACAGCAACCUCCACCAUGUCUGCAAUUCACCAGCCGCAGUCUAUAGUGCCAUCACAACACAUGCUUCAAUCACCGCAACAGAAUGGCAUUCGCCAGCAACCUAAUGGACAGUCUGCAGACCCACCGGCCAUUCUGGCCCUUGUACCGCUUAAUGGAACGUUUGAAAAGAAACAGAUAAGCGUUCCCUUUUAUCCAGAGGUUCUCCGGAUAGGUCGCCAGACGAAUGCGAAGACCGUGCCAACCCCUGUAAAUGGCUUCUUCGAUUCUAAGGUUCUCUCUCGGCAACACGCCGAGAUAUGGGCUGAUAAGACUGGCAAGAUUUGGAUUCGGGAUGUAAAAUCAUCCAACGGUACCUUUGUGAAUAACCAGCGACUAUCGCCUGAAAAUCGCGAAUCCGAGCCCCAUGAACUGCGCGAAAACGAUACCUUGGAAUUGGGAAUCGAUAUAGUUAGCGAGGAUCAGAACACCAUUGUUCACCAUAAAGUCUCGGCCAAAGUCGAGCAUGCGGGUUUAUAUGGGACUACACCCAACAUCCUUGAUCUUAACUUUGGAGACCUGGACCCUGCUUCCGGGGGUGGUUUACUGCCAUCACCCCUGAGCCAGCCUUUGUCGCAUCUUAGAGGAAGAUCGGGUAGUAAUGCGAGCAACCGCAGUGCCCAAAGCGCUGCGAGUACUCAGCUUAAUGCCAUGCAUCAGCAAAGGCAGAUGAACUAUUGGAACUCCCCUAUCUCUGUGGAACAAGUUGUCAAGAGAUUAACCGGUGAAUUGAAACAAGCAAAACAGCAGUCUCAAGAUCUUCGUCAAACCGACGACUUUUUAACAGCUAUAAUGAAGCCCGGCUAUGCUGAGAAAGAAAAAGUCGUGAAACCCACAUCCUUUGAUAGCAAUGGUCCUCGUCAAUUGAACGGGCGGCCUAAGAUGCCUCGUGUCGACUCUUUCUCCAGAUUCUCAGAUCCUCCUGCCCCUCCUCCUCAACAACCUCUUCCCGAGAAACCAGAUGCUCUUCCGCGCAAUGGUUCAGACUCUUUCUCGCCUUUGAAGCGCAGCGAUACGGAAAAAACAAAACCGGCUGCUACAAGCUCUCCUGUAUCGCGAGACUCGAGCCAGAUUUUAUCUCUUAUAGAGGCACUUUCAUCGGCCAAGCGUGAGAUCGAUACUCAAGGUGCCCGUGUUAAAGAACUCGAAAGCCUAUAUCUCCUGGAAAAAGCCGCGCGCGAGUCAGCCGAAGAGAAAAUAAAGAAGUUGGAAAUGAUCCCGACGCCCGAAAACGACGAGGCAAUUGUCGACGAAGAUGACAUUGAUGAGGAGGCUGGAGCCAAGUCUCAACAAACCAAUAUUGAUUCUGAACAUGCCCAACAACCCAAUGGCGUCGUUGUAACCCCCGAGGGUCCCACGGAUCCCAUUGCCGAUCAGCCAGUGUCCUCUGUCGAGGUGGAUACCACAAAGCUUGAGCGCCGCUUGGAAAGCAUGGUACAAGAAAUGGAAGAGAUGCGGCAACAGAUGGCCUUGUUCAAGGAGCGUGCAGAGAAAGCGGAGGUGGAGAAUGUUGAGUCGCGUUCUUCUCUGGCGGAGAUGAUCGAAACACUCCGUCGAGAACGUGCCGAGAAAGCUGCUGCUACGACUUCCGAGUCUAAGCCAGAGCCUCAACACCAGGACAAUGAUCAAUCAAAAGCCAGUGCUACCGACAAGCGUCCCCCCGAGAAUGGCGCCGCGAACCCUAUCAAGAAGGGUGAAUCUCUGCAGAAUAUAAAUUCAGAUUCUUCGAGCAAACAGAACGCGGACUCUAGAGCCGCAGCUAUGGCUACGGAAUGGCGCCAGCGCAACCUUCUGCACGAUUCAAGUCCUUAUGCGUCCAUGUUUGGCGUGGUUCUUAUUGGGGUUGGCAUAAUGGCCUAUCUUAAUGGGUGGCAAAAGCUGGACAAAUAA